AUGAGGUACCGCCUCAACGAGCAGGCGUUAGAGGCGGCGGGCCGCUCCAGGUCCACCAGCGCGCGGACCGUCGUCCUAGCCGAGAUGGUGUUGCGUCUCGCCCCUGUCCUGGCUCGCGCGGUCAUCGGGGACAUAUUCAACAUUCGGCGGAUGAUGGCGGCAGUACAUCACGCGCUGCUGUUUAGCGAGGGCGACGAGAUGGCGAAGGCAGGGGGAUUCGCGACCUGCAUUACGACGAUCCCCGUGGCUAACAAGCCGCCAGUGCUGAUCAUGGGCCCCGCAUGCGUCCAGAUGGUCCUGACCACCACGAAGACCACCACGGCUGCGGGCGACAAUGCUCGCGGACGCAACAAGUUGCAGUGGCUCGAAGCGGCGGCGAAGUACGAGCCGGUGUCGGUCGAGGAUAUCGCGGUGAUGGUAAGUGGGCGCCGCAUCUCGCAGAGCUACACUGGGGGGGUGGCCAGUCGGGCGGCGCGCCUCGACGAUCCGACCCUCGAGCGCUCACUCUUAGCCUCUGCCGAGCAGCUGGAGGCGGGGCUCAAGCCAGGGAAAGCCCUGCGUCGCCCCGCUCGGGUCGAGGAUCCAGUGACGGCGCCAGCUUGCGGCACCAGAUAUGACAUGUCCGAGGAACGUGUUCAACAGGCCCGCGAUGGGCUGGGCCAUGAAGCCAAGACGAGUUGGGACCAGUGGCAGACGGGGGCGCCGGCGGGAUCUGCACGCAAGAUGCGCCGCCUCACGAGGUUGAAGGCCAAGUGGCAGCCGACGGUGAUAGAAACCAGUCCAGGGAUAUGCCCGCCGGACCCUGGGAAGCUGCCGGUGGCCAGGCCAACUGGCGAGCGGAUCGAGGGGCCAAGAGAGCUCUGGAACUGCGUCUUCAGGCGCGAGUGCCCGCGUAAGGUGGUCGAGCAAGCCACCAGCUGGCACAACUGGGAGAGCUGGCUGUGGGGCGAGGAAGACGAUGCGCUCGUGGCCCCGAUGCCUCGCUCCGACGAGGUUUGUGGAUCGGACUCGCGUUGGGGGAAGCUCGUGCGGUCGAAGCACAAGGAUGCCGACCACCGCACCGCCGCCUGGAGGGACCGGAAGAAGCCAGGACACAAGUACCUGAAGACCAAGGCGCAGCUGAGGAACAAGUACGCGGGGCAGGCGGAGGGCGAGAGCAUCAAAAGCACCGUCUACUUCGACCCCAAGUCGGCGCUUGGCGCGAGGCGGAAGGCCGAACCGCUGCGUUCCCCCAGCGCCGUCAACGGGACCCGGCAGCGGUGGUUCAUCAUGCCGACGGUCGCGGAACAGGUGAAGCGUGAGCGGUGGAUCUGGUUCAGCGACAUGCGCGCGCACUUGCCGAUCUGGGCCCCGAUCAGCGGCGACAGCCUAUAUUGGACGUGCCCGACUCUUCGCCAAGUCAAGAAGGAGUUGCUCGACUCGGUCUCGCGGGUCGGCGCGGAGCUCGGGCGCGACGACGUGGCCUUCUCAAACAUCAAGCUUCGCACCGUCAACACGAAGAAGAUGUUCCUCAUCAGCCAGGAGCCGCCCCCGAGCGAUCACGAGGCGCCCGACGAGUGGUUCGUCAACAAUCGCACGCGCCGUACACUGGAGUUGGUCCACGACGUGGAAUUCACCAGGCGCCGCGAUACAGGCUGCCAGGGGGGGCAGGAGGACCAGCAGGAGCCCCAUCGGGCCAUGGAGAAAUACGAGAAGCAGAACUACCCGACGGCGCUCGAGGCGACGAACGCGCACGAGAAGAAGGCGGCUCAGGAAUCCUACGACCAGGCAGUGCAGGCGGCCUUCACGUCGGGCGCUAAGGCUGGUCGCGCAGCGUCGUCUGGCCAGUUGGCGAGCGAGAGCUCUGGCGAGUCGGCGAAAGAUUGGCAGAGGUUGGGCGGCGACCGGAACUCCGGGCGGGCCCGCCGAGAAGUAGGUGCGCACCUGCUUUCCUCGAUUCCCUUCUUCCGUGCACCCAUGGUGAUCGAGGCGCGGCUCGCGAUGCUGGAGGCCAAGAUUCGUUCCGGGUUCGUGGUCUCUCUGACCUUCGUUCCGCAAGAGUCGGACAUGGUCAAGUGCAAGCAACGGCUUACGUUUGGUUUCGCCCACACCGCCCCGCUCAUGAUAAUGGUCUUCAGCCUGCUGAUGGGCCUCCUGAUAGCAGCGACGAUGAUGAUGAGCAGGAUGGGGGCCACGGUGCGCGCCAUGAUGGUGGUGCUGAUUCAGACCGCUGCUCGGAUCCUGACAGGGGUCAACCUCGUGAGCGCUCUGUGGCUCGGCGGGCAGGCGGCCCCCCUUCGUCUGACCGUCCCGGCGCUCCCCUCGGUGCCGGUUUUCCCCUCGUGGGAGGUGGGCGCGUGCAGCCAGACGGAUAUCCACCUCACUCAGGAUGCUGAGGCGCAGACGGCUUUGAGUUUACGUGACUUCGUUGAGGCUGAUGGUAUGGCCAUGGACGGCUCGGCCACACAUAGGUACGAGGAGGAUUUCUUCCCAGCGGACGCGGUCGUGCAGUUGUGCUUCAAGAGCCUGGUCGUACGGCUCUUCCUGGUCGUGAUCUUCUGGAGCUUCGUCGCGAUUUUCUGGAGCCUGCUAGUGUUCUUCUGGAGCAAGGCAGUGAUAUUCUGGAGCCUGGUGGUGGUCUUCUGGAACCUGGUCGUGUUUUUCUGGAGCACGGUCGUGAGCAUCUGGAGCCUGGUCGGGUUCAGCUGGAGGCUGGUCGCGAUCUUCUUGCUCCUGGUCGUGAACUUCUGGAACCUGGUCGUGAUUUUCUGGAGCCUCCUGGUCGUGAUCUUCUGGAGCCUGAUAGUGACCUUCAGGAGCCUGGUCGUGAUCCUCUCGCGACUGGUCAUGAGCUACUGCAGACUGGUCGUGAUAUUCUGGAGGCUGGUCGUGGUCUUUUGGGGCCUGGUCAUGUUCUUUUGGAGCCUGGUCGCGUUCCUCUGGGACCUGGCCGUGAUCUUCUGGAGCAUGGUCGUGAUCUUCUGGAGCCUGGCCGCGUUCUUUUGGAACCUGGCCGUGGUGUUUUGGAGGUUGGCCGCGAUGAGCCUGGCCGCGCCGAUCGGGAGGUUUCUGUCUGCUCGGACGAUCUCGCAGAACAUUGCUGCCAAGAACACCGCUUUUCGUCAGCUUGUUGAAUUGCGCUCUCAGCUUGCCGACGUCGGGCGGCAGAUCGCACCUGAGAGCCCAGCUGCCUGGUUCACGCUGCGUGACCAGUUGCGCGCAGCACUGGACAUGCCCAAGACACUCUUGCCGCCUUCGAGACAAAGUGAGUUCUCCUGCUCGUCUAUUGCCGCUGGUAUUCAACGGUUUUACAAGGUCGAGGUUAUGUUCGUGGACUUGCGCUAG